AGAUGAUUGACGGCCUCCCUGUGGAAGUGUUACAGCACAUCGUAUCUUAUUUGCCCACCGCUUCAUCCAUCAUCAGCCUCUCACUUACCAAUCGCAAACUACACAAAAUUGUAUCCAGAGAUGACUAUAUUUGCUUCCGUGAUUUCGUCAAGAAGUCAUUUCCAUCAAUCGAGACUCCCCCUUUAUGGCGGGAGGCUGCUCGUGUUUUGACCUCUCGAUCUCGAGCAUGGGAUCGCCGAGCAUUUGUCGCAAGGGAAUGCUGUCCACCUGUGGAUCCUGGUGACCUGGGUGAAAUCAGGUCUUGGCAACCAGCAAGCUAUCGACCAGUUAUCGACUGCUAUGAGACGUGGAAUGGACCGACUUGGUCAGAACGCAAAGAGGUCCUGGCAUGGGGUGCGGCUGGAAGGCUCAGGAUGAGAAUCAUUGAGAACGGUGAGGUUUCGUGGAGGUCUUUCACGGGCCCCUAUGACCAUUUCCCCACUCUUGAUAUCAUCGAUGUCAAGUUACUGCGUCCUGCCCAGACCGAGAAGUACUCUGGAUGUGAAACGGCUAUCUUCGGAAGAAUAAACAGUGACGUUGGUAGGGUUGAGGUGAGAGGUAGUUGGGACUUGAACCAGCAAUCGAAAUACCAUACAGGACCCUAUGGGUGCCACCGUAUGGAUGUCAACAACGAUCCAACCCCUCUCCUUGCCACAUGUAACAAUGAUGGGAUCUCCCUGUUUCCUGUGUUUCCUGCGGAUAAGACGACAUGGGAUGUGUACCCAACGGACAAGGUCCCUUUGCAGACGAAGACAGACAUCAGUAAUCGAAUCAUAUGCGCAAAAUUUCUCUCCGAUUCGGCAUUCGCCAUCUGUUUUCAGUACCUCGAAGGCAAAGAGCGCGCUCCAAUCGACGUUUAUGAUAUUAGCUCGACAGGGUUAACGAAACAGCCUUUUACGCAGUUUUGGUCAGACCCGUCCGAGGGUGCCUCCAAUGAUCGGCACAGCUCGAAUGUAGUGGUACCUUUGGAUGUCGUUGAGGGCAUCUCCAACCAGCCUGGGCAGCUGUUUUUGUCCGGCUGGUCUGAUGGUAUCGUCAACCUCCAUGACGCACGUACGCCUGAUCGACCGGUUUCGAAAUAUGUUGACGUGGUGGACGAUGGACAAAUUCUUUCCCUUCUACCCAUUGGCUAUGAACGUUUCCUGGCUGGAAGCUCGCAGAAUGGCUGUCUCAAAACAUAUGACCUAAGAAUGCCUGGAAUGCGGCCGUAUUCAUACCUCGAAGGGGCAGCACAGCUUUCCCAGUCUCAAGAAACGCGGGAAGAUUUGGAUCCCAAGCCGUCACUCUCUAGCUCGUUCAAAACGCGACGGGACAUCAAUAUAUUCCUGAGCCCGAGCAUUGAAUACGGCGAAAGACUGUGGCAGCCUAUCAGAUCACGUCACCGUGUGCGUCGCACCGAACGGUACCGAGGAUGUGUAUAUUCUCUGGCGAGUCCGUCUCCGAGCUCGCCGACGGUGUAUGCCGGAAUCAAGAACCACACCCUUCAACUUGACUUUGUGUCCACAGAUGAUAUCAGAAGUGGUGUCGAUGGUUGGGUAGAUCCCUCACUUGGGUUAAAUGACCGGUCAAAAGACAUUUUUAGUUUCUCGUGCUACGAGCGGCCUAGGGAAGGUCACGAGAGCACCGAUCCAAUUCUUUUGAGGAAGCAGCAAGGCUUGUUUGGUGAACGAAGAGAAAGCCAGAUAGGCAAGAAAGAGAGCGAGGUAGCCACGGGGGUGUCGGAGCCAGGCUGGGACGAACGAUGGCGUUUAAAUAUAAAGGGUAUAAAUCGUGGGGAUGAUACUUCAAGCGAUGGGCUGUAAAAUCCAAAUCUAU